UGAUGUUUGAUUAACCACUGAUUAGUGCUAUAAACAUGUUCAGAAGAGUUGUUAUUCGUCAGCUACUCAGAUCUGCCCCAAGAGCGCUUGUACCAGCAGGAUCUACGGUAUCACCAUUGGGCUUGAGAUGGUCCUUGCCGUUGGCUUCACACGUUAGCAAUCGUUACCAGAGUUCUUCCACGGAUGGCUCCUCUGCUAAGCUAAAGAUCGAUGAGCCUCAGAUGAUGAUUGCCUUCACUUGCAAGAAGUGUGACACAAGAUCUAGCCAUGUGAUGAGCAAACAGGCCUAUACUAAGGGAACUGUGCUAAUCACAUGUCCUGGUUGUAAAGGAAGACAUCUCAUCGCUGACCAUUUGAAAAUCUUCUCUGACGACAGAAUCACCAUCCAGGACAUCCUCAGUGCGAAGGGAGAAUCCGUCUCUCAGAAUACAGACGACCUUGUAUUUGACGAUAUUCCAGAUAAACUGAAAAGUUUGAUUGGCCAUCACGCUAAGGAUGCCCCAGAGAACCUCAAGAAGGAGCAGUCACACGAUGAACCACACAGCUUACCAGAAGGUGCGAGGGAGGAUGGGAACAAAUAGAAUGUCCUAUACAUGAUAUUUAUUCAGAAAACGGUACUUAUAUACAUAUGUUCAAGUACAAGAACCUUCCUCUCCAUGUUUAACCAACUUGCACUAUAACAUUGAACCGAAAAAACAGAGAUAUGCCUAACUUAGUCGAAGUAAUCACCUUUACCAGCAUGG